UUCAAGCCUUUUAGCUAAACCCAGUGAGAGAGAGAGAGAGAGAGAGAGAGAGAGAGAGGAGAGAGAGAGAUUAUGGCUCUGUUUGGUGAUCCAUUCAGGCGAUUCUUAUUGAGCCCAACAAUCUACCGUACAAAUCCAGGAUCGACGGCCCUUCUCGACUGGCUAGAAUCCCCUACGACGCACAUAUUCAAAAUCAAUGUUCCAGGGUAUAGGAAGGAGGAUAUAAAAGUGGAGUUGGUGGAAGAUGGGAAUAUACUGGUGGUCAGAGGUGAAAGCGGCGGGAAAGAGAGAGAGAAGAAAGACGACGUCGUUUGGCAUGCGGCGGAGAGGGCGGCGGUUGGGGGAGGGGAUUUCUCGAGGGAGAUUGAAUUGCCGGAGAAUGUGAAGGUGGAGCAGAUCAAAGCUCAGGUGGAAGACGGCGUGCUUACCGUGGUUGUACCUAAAGGUACAACUCCCAAGCGUGCUAGAGUUAGGAAUAUUAAUGUUACUAGCAAACUUUGAAUCUGUUGUUACUGUGUGUGUUUGUAUGAUAAACUUUAUAUUUUAGAUGUGUAAUUGCGUUUGCGUAUCAAUUUUCUCUAGUAUAUUA